UUUUUUUUGACCCGGAAACCACGGGUGCCGGAGCCUAACUGGAUCCUGUGUUUUCGCGGCGCGAGUCCAGUUACCCUCUGGUCCUCGCGUGGGCCCCGCUGAGCCGGACGCUGCCCCCGGCGCGGCGGGGAGGAUGGUGCCGAGCGGCCCCGGGCCCGCCGCGCGCCGCCGAGAGUGAGCCCAGCACGGCCGCGGGCGUCCAUCAAACAGCUGGCCCGACCGGGCUCGGGGUGCGCCGCUGCCCACCGGGGCGGGGUGAAGCUAUUCAGAAUAAUGUUUAACAUCAACCCCCUGGAGAACCUGAAGGUGUACAUCAGCAGUCGGCCUCCCCUGGUGGUCUUUAUGAUCAGUGUGAGUGCCAUGGCAAUAGCUUUCUUGACCCUGGGCUAUUUCUUCAAAAUCAAGGAGAUUAAAUCACCAGAAAUGGCAGAGGAUUGGAAUACUUUUCUGCUACGGUUUAAUGAUUUGGACUUCUGCGUAUCAGAGAAUGAAACGUUAAAGCAUCUCAUGAAUGACACUACAACUCCAGAAAGCACAAUGACCAGCGGGCAGGCCAGAGCAUCCACACAGUCCCCCCAGACCCUGGAGGAUUCAGGCCCAGUUAAUAUCUCAGUUGCAAUCACCCUAACCCUGGAUCCACUCAAACCCUUUGGAGGGUACUCUCGCAAUGUCACUCACCUGUACUCAACCAUCUUAGGGCAUCAGAUUGGACUCUCAGGCAGAGAAGCCCACGAAGAGAUAAAUAUUACUUUUACCCUGCCUACGGCUUGGAGCUCGGAUGACUGUGCACUUCAUGGUCACUGUGAGCAGGUGGUGUUCACAACCUGUAUGACCCUCACAGCCACCCCUGGUGUGUUCCCUGUCACCGUACAGCCACCACACUGUGUUCCUGACACAUACAGCAAUGCCACGCUCUGGUACAAGAUCUUCACAACUGCCAGAGAUGCCAACACAAAAUAUGCUCAAGAUUACAAUCCUUUCUGGUGUUAUAAGGGGGCCAUUGGGAAGGUCUAUCAUGCUUUAAAUCCCAAACUUACAGUUAUUGUUCCAGAUGAUGAUCGUUCAUUAAUAAAUUUGCAUCUCAUGCACACCAGUUAUUUCCUCUUCGUGAUGGUGAUAACCAUGUUUUGCUAUGCUGUUAUCAAAGGCAGACCCAGCAAAUUGCGUCAGAGCAAUCCUGAAUUUUGUCCUGAGAAGGUGGCUUUGGCUGAAGCCUAAUCCCACAGUUCCUUGUUUUCUGAGAGAGACUGAGAACCAUAAUCAAUCAUUGCCUGCUGAACCCAGCCUGGGUCUGGACACUCUGUGAAUACAUUAUCUUGCGAUGUUGGGUUAUUCCAGCCAAAGACAUUUCAAGUGCCUGUAACUGAUUUGUACAUAUUUAUAAAAAUCUAUUCGGAAAUUGGUCCAAUGAUGCACGUGCUUUGCACCGGGUGUAGCCAGAACCCUUCAGCCUCACCUGUGGACUUGUGGACCUGGAGGGAUACUUUUGUAUAGUGCUAGAGAGAAUUCAUGGAUCUUGCUGCAUUGAAGCAGGUCAUGAUGUUUUUACCAAGGCCACAGGCUCGUUUCAUUGCUGGUGGGGUUGAGGUUUGGUUUGGUUCUUGUUUCAGCCCGAUAUGUACAGAAUGUUUGAAACAGUCUGCACCUUUGAUAUGAUACUGCAUUUUCAAAGCCACCAAUCCAUUUCGUGGAUUUUAUGUGUCUGUGGCUUAAUAAUCAUAGUAACAACAAUAAUACCCUUUUCUUUAUUUUGCUUGCAAGGAAACAUACCUAUCUAAGUUUUUUUUUCUUUUUGAAGAAAAAUAAAAUAGUCACAUUUUAAUACUA